AAAUCUCCCGCAGCCCGAGCGCGGGGGCGCCAGAGCCGCGAGCCGCGCGGGAGCAGAGGAGGCGAGGGCGGCGGGCCAGAGAGGCGGUUGGAAGAUGGCGGACGAGGCGGCGCUCGCCCUUCAGCCCGGCGGCUCGCCCUCGGCGGCGGCGGCGGCGGCGGCGGCGGGCGGGGAGGCCGCGGCGGCGCUCCCGGGGGAGCCGCUCCGCAAGCGGCCGCGCAGGGACGGCGCGGGCCUCGGCUGGAGCCCGGGCGGCGGCGGCGGCGGCGGCGGCGGCCCGGCCCCCGAGCGGGAGGUGCCGGCGGCGGCGGGCGGGGAGCGGGAGGCCCCGGCGGCCGGCGAGGCAGACAAUGGGCCCGGCCUGCAGGGCCCGGCCCGGGCGCCGCCGCCGGCCGCCGACCUGGACGACGACGACGACGACGACGACGAGGGCGACGAGGAGGAAGAGGCGGCGGCCGCGGCGAUUGGGUACCGAGAUGACCUUCUGUUUGGUGAUGAGAUAAUCACCAACGGUUUUCAUUCCUGUGAAAGUGAUGAAGAUGAUAGAGCCUCCCAUGCAAGCUCUAGUGACUGGACUCCAAGGCCACGGAUAGGCCCAUAUGCUUUUGUUCAGCAGCAUCUCAUGAUUGGUACAGACCCUCGAACAAUUCUCAAAGAUUUGCUACCGGAAACUAUCCCUCCACCUGAAUUAGAUGAUAUGACACUGUGGCAGAUUGUUAUUAAUAUACUUUCAGAGCCACCAAAAAGGAAAAAAAGGAAAGAUAUUAAUACAAUUGAAGAUGCUGUGAAAUUACUGCAAGAGUGCAAAAAAAUAAUAGUUCUAACUGGAGCUGGGGUGUCUGUUUCUUGUGGAAUACCUGACUUCAGGUCAAGAGGUGGUAUUUAUGCUCGCCUUGCUGUGGACUUCCCAGACCUUCCAGAUCCUCAAGCAAUGUUUGAUAUUGAAUAUUUCAGAAAAGAUCCAAGACCAUUCUUCAAAUUUGCAAAGGAAAUAUAUCCCGGACAAUUUCAGCCGUCUCUGUGUCACAAAUUCAUAGCCUUGUCUGAUAAGGAAGGAAAACUGCUUCGCAACUACACUCAGAACAUAGAUACACUGGAACAGGUUGCAGGAAUCCAAAGGAUAAUUCAGUGUCAUGGUUCCUUUGCUACAGCAUCUUGCCUGAUUUGUAAAUACAAAGUUGACUGUGAAGCUGUACGAGGAGAUAUUUUUAAUCAGGUGGUUCCUCGAUGUCCUCGAUGCCCAGCUGAUGAACCUCUGGCUAUCAUGAAACCAGAAAUUGUCUUUUUUGGUGAAAAUUUACCAGAACAGUUUCACAGAGCCAUGAAAUACGACAAAGAUGAAGUUGAUCUCCUCAUCGUUAUUGGGUCUUCCCUGAAAGUAAGACCAGUAGCACUAAUUCCAAGUUCCAUACCCCAUGAAGUGCCUCAGAUAUUAAUAAAUAGGGAACCUUUGCCUCAUCUGCAUUUCGAUGUAGAGCUUCUUGGAGACUGUGAUGUCAUAAUCAAUGAACUGUGUCAUCGGUUAGGUGGUGAAUAUGCCAAACUCUGCUGCAACCCUGUAAAGCUUUCAGAAAUUACUGAGAAACCUCCACGAACACAGAAAGAGUUGGCUCAUUUGUCAGAAUUACCACCCACACCUCUUAAUAUUUCUGAAGAUUCAACUUCGCCAGAAAGAACUUCACCACCAGAUCCUUCAGUGAUCGUCACACUUUUAGACCAAGCAAUAAAGAGUAGUAUUGAUGAUCUAAAUGCAUCUGAAUCGAAAGAUUGUAUGGAAGAAAAAUCGCAGGAUGUACAGACUUCUACUCGGAGCAGUGAAAGUGUUACUGAACAGUUGGAGAGCCCGGAUUUAAAGAGUGUUGGCUCCAGUGCCGUGGAGAGAAAUGAAAGAACUUCUGUUGCAGAAACAGUGAGAAAGUGCUGGCCUGCUCGACUUGCAAAGGAGCAGAUUAGUAAACGGCUUGAUGGUAAUCAGUAUUUGUUUUUACCACCAAAUCGUUACAUUUUUCAUGGUGCUGAGGUAUAUUCAGACUCUGAAGAUGACGUGUUAUCCUCUAGCUCUUGUGGCAGUAACAGUGAUAGUGGAACAUGCCAGAGUCCAAGUUUAGAAGAACCCAUAGAAGAUGAAAGUGAGAUUGAAGAAUUUUACAAUGGCUUGGAAGAUGAAGCUGACCUUAACGAGAGAGCUGGAGAAACUGGACUUGGAGCUGAUGGAGGUGAUCAGGAAGCAGUUAAUGAAGCUAUACCCACGAAAGAUGAACCAACAGACAUUAACUGUCCAUCAAACAAAUCAUAAUGUAAUUAUUGUCCAGGUACAGGAAUUGUUCCACCAGCAUUAGGACCUUUAGCAUGUCAAAACGAAUGUUUACUUGUAACUCAAUAGGACAAGGAAACCAGAAGGGUGUAAUAUUUAUAAACUGGUGAAAUAAUUAUUUUCCCCCAUGGAUAAUUUUUAACUUACUUAUUUCUGUACUUGUACACUUAACACUAAAAAAUUUUUUUAAAGGUACUAAGUAUCUUUAAUCAGCUGGUUGGUAGGAUUUUCUUUCAAAGCUUCAUUUGUAUGAUACAUCGAUAUGUAAAUAUAAUUUUGUUUUUGCAUAGUGAGUUCCAACGUUUUCAACUUUUCAAAAAGCCAUUGGAAUGUUAAAUUAAUGGAAAGGGAACAGCUUAUCUAGACCAAAGAAUGGUAUUUUCACACUUUUCUUUGUAACAUUGAAUGGUUUGAAAUCCUAAAAUCUCUGUUCUGCUAAACUUGUGAUUCAUUAGCACAAUUAUCUAUUUUUAAACACUGGCAUUUUCCAAAACUUGUGGCAGCUAACUUUUUAAAACCUCCUGACGUGCAAUGUGAGUGGAAGAUAAGUAUGUGGGGGAAGCACACAGUUGUCUUUGCUUUUUAAAGUAAGACUUGGUGCUAAGAAUUUCAGGAAUAUUGAAUAUUGUAUUAUUCAAAUGACGAUGGCUUUUGUACUUCCUGUGGACAUACAGUGAUGUCUCUUCUAUUGGCUCAUAAAACUAUACUGACAAAUAAAUAAAUGCUUUGGAAAUGUUUCAAUUGCUUCAGAAACAAUAGUGCCUGCCCAGAUCCCCUUAGUUUUGAGAAUCUUUGCCAUUGUUUUAAUGCCUAUCACUGUGGUGGAGCUUGCAUUGAUCCUUUCCAUAAGUAUUAUACUGCCAAGUUGUGAAUAUGCAAAGUCUAUGAAUCUAUAAUAAUGGUACUUCAGCUGGGGAAGAGUGUAAUAUUUUGGACUGUUGCUUUUUCUUUUCUUCCAUUAGUGAUGAGCAACAGGCCCCUAAUUAUGGUUCCAAAGUGAGAUGUUAAUUAUAACUCAGCCAGUAAGUACGUCUCCUGUUCGGAGGAUGUUGUUUAAUAAAUACCAAACUACUAGCUUAGUGUUAUGGAGAUGAACCUGAUGUAAACCUGUAAUAGCAGAAUCAGUAAUGGAUAUGAACAAAAUCCCUAUAACAUGUCUUUAUUUAAGAGCUUAGCCUGCCUUAAAACUAGAGAUCAACUUCCUGAGCUGCGAAAGCUUCUAGCCUUUCAAAAAAGUUCAUACUUUAAAAAAAUUGCACAGUAGGCAUUUAUUUUCCAGACCUUUCUCAACAUUAGUACCAAAUUACUAAGUAUUCUCAUGUUGCUUUAGUAUUUAUUACACUUUUUAAAAGGUUUGAAAUACAGCUGUUCUGUAAGUAUAAAUACAAGCUAGGACUGUUAUUGCUAGGAGAGGGGAAAAUUUUAAUGAAAGGCCAUUUCGCUAUCUUACAGUGUCGGUCUACAUCUGAAUUUAUUUGGGUACACUAAAGAAUGCAGUACAUUUAGCUUUCUGUUUGCAUGAUGUGUCUAUGUGCUAUAGAUGAUAUUUUAAAUUGAAAAUUUUGUUUUAAAUUAUUUUUACAGUGAAGACUGUUUUCAGCUCUUUUUAUAUAUUGUACAUAGUCUUUUAUGUAAUCUACGGGCAUAUGUUUUGUAGACUGUUUAAUGACUGGAUCUUCCUCCAAUUUUUGAAAUACAAAACCAGUGUUUUAUACUUGUACACUGUUUUAAAGUCUAUUAAAACUCAUUUGACUUUUUCCUGUUA